GAAACACUAUUGAGACUGUAGAAGAAGAAAGAAGAUUGGCAAAAAAGAAAAUGGGUGCUCCCACUGCAGCAUGGCUCCCUCACAUGUCCUCUUUUGUUGCUCUUAAACCUCAUUGCUGUCUCAACAAGAAACCCUUGUUUGUCGACACAAAAAGCAUUAGAACCAGUUUCAUCCUGCCACGUCAACCCUUCUCUUCCUCCUCAAUCCUCACUUUCGCCCGCCGCCGAGGAGGCCAUCAGGCCUCCAGCUCCCCUGUCAAGUCUAAGAAGCAAAAGAUAAAGGAGCAAACUUUCGGCAGUAAAAGUACUCAAGAAGAUGAAGAUGAUGAUGCCUUUGAGGCCCUCUUUCGCCAGCUGGAAGAAGACUUGAAAAAUGAUAAUCUAUCUUCAGAAAAUGGUGAUGAUGAUGAUGAAAUAAGUGAGGAGGACCUUGCAAAGCUUGAACGUGAAUUAGAAGAGGCACUGAAGGAUGAUGAACUUUUUGGGGCUCUGGACUUGGUUGGGGAUGGCAAAACAGAGGAUGAAUCUGAUGAAGACGAGAAAGAAGAAGAAAAUGAGGACGAUAAUACUGCUAAUUAUCAUGUCGAGGAUCUUGAAGAUGAUGAUAACGAUGAAGAAAUGCCAGUGAAAUUAAAAAAUUGGCAGCUUAAGAGACUGGCUUAUGCUUUAAAAAAUGGUCGGCGUAAGACCAAUAUUAAAAGUCUCGCAGCUGAUUUAUGUCUUGAUAGAGCUGUUGUCCUUGAACUGCUUCGUGAUCCUCCUCCAGAUCUUCUGAUGAUGAGUGCUGCUUUGCCUGAUAAACCUGUUUCAACAGUAGUAGAGCCAGUAAACAAACUGAAAGAAGCAAGUCCUUUGGAGAUGACACCAGUAACCACGAAGGCUGAGGCUGAGGUGAAAGUGCCGGUUCAUGUGAUGCAAAGCAACUGGUCUGCUAAAAAGAGAAUUAAAAAAGCUCAACUUGAUACUCUUGAACGUGUAUAUAACCGAACAAAGCGUCCCUCGAAUGCCAUGAUCAGCAACAUUGUGCAUCUGACAAACCUGCCUAAGAAAAGGGUGGUGAAAUGGUUCGAGGACAAACGAGCUGAAGAUGGGAUUCCUGAACACCGCCUUCCUUAUGAACGUUCUGCUUCUACUUUUACAUAACAGAUGCUCUUUUCAGUUUUCCAUGUAAAUACACCUAUUGGAAAGCUCCACACGCUGCAUAAUUCACAUGGUAGCUUACUCUUUAUGUGAAGAAAAACUGUAUGCUCCUCAUUAUAAUUUUUCUUGGCUGUUACGUGGCAUGCAGUAUGUUGCUGUUAUAGAGCUAGUCAAACUUGGGAGAAGCUGGUUUUUUUUUUUUUCCUUAAGAUUUUUAAACCACAAGGAGGAGAAUAUAAAUAGGUGAAGUUGCAGUCAUUUGGGACGUCUUCUUGCUGAGUACUGAUAAUUUUAUAGGGCUAGUCAAACUUGGCAGAAGCCGGUGUUCUUAAAGAAUUUAUGACCUUGUUUUAACCACACUGAGGACCAUAUGAACAGGUGAAGGUGCAGUCAUUUGGGA